AUGGCCGCUGAGGCUUCGGUCAUUGUUUGGGAUAUCGGUGUACCUUCGGUUCCAGACUAUAAAACCCGCUAUCAGCUCCUGAUGCGAUUGCGUUGUCCCCGGUUGGAUGUGAAUCCAGUGCUCAACCUGGUCUUUUUGCCUCACUAUGCCUAUCUAAUCGCGGGUUGUGAGGAUGGCCUGUUUGCCUGGAAAGUGACCGAUUUCCGUCUGGAGAAACGGGAACGCGAACCGGAUAUGGAGCUCAAAUUGGAUGUCGAUCACGAGGUGUGCAUUGAUGCACUUGCCCAGCUGAGCGACAACGCCUUGGUGAUCAAAGUGGUUGAAUCCGGGGAGAUCAUGGUAUUCGACUUCGCAUCGGUUCUGGAGCGACGCAAAGGUCGGUAA